UCAUAUCAUAGGUUCAUAAUCGUAAGCUUUAUAAAAGCAAUUUCUUCAAGAAGUGAUAACACGCACUGAAUAUGACGCAGUUAUAGAAAUCUAUUCGAAAAACGUGGAUGAUAUUUUUAACGCAAGCAUAUAUCAUAGUAUCGAAUGAAGUGUCGUCCGAUAAUGAAUCGUGGUGGCACUUAUCACCAUUUACAAUAAAAAAGAAGGAAGCAUAAAUAUGCGCUUACCGCCUACUCGGCUCAGUGUCAGUCGCGAUGAUGGAUGUGCACGGAGUGUCCGCGUGAGUGUCUCGAAGCGUGGAUAUUGCGGUGACAAUGCGCAUGCAUGUAUAGCAGUAUACAUUAUACAUAGUAUAUAUUCAAACUGAGUUAUUGUCAUCAUGUCGUUUAUGAUAUCAUCCUUGGUGGGGACAUGUGCGCGAAGAAUAAACAGACAGCUGCUGACGCACAAGGCUUCGGUUGUCAAACAACUGGUGAGAAACUUAGAGGUACACGAGCACAUCGCGUACGGCUUGUUGAAAAAAGCCGGCAUUCCUACUCCGUCUUUCUGGGUGGCGAAGACGCCUGAUGAAGCGGCCACUCUGGCCAAGAGUCUGAAGACAAAGGAUCUCGUGCUGAAGGCGCAAGUUCUGGCUGGGGGUAGAGCGAAGGGACAGUUUAAGGGUAGCAAUGUUAGCGGCGUCGAAAUGUGCGACACUGUUGAACAGGUGAAGGAAUUGGCGGAUAGCAUGAUCGGCAAGGUCCUUGUGACCAAACAGACGAGUGCGGCUGGAAAGAUAUGCAAUUCGGUGAUGGUAACGGCGCGUAUGUUUCCACGUAAGGAGUAUUACAUGGCGGUGAUGUUGGAACGUACCUUCGACGGGCCCGUGAUGAUCGUUUCCAAGCAAGGCGGGGUGAACAUCGAGGACGUCGCCGCGGCGAAUCCGGAAGCCGUAGCAUACAUGCCGAUCGACGUGAGGAAAGGUUUAACGUCCGCGCAGGCGAACAGCAUCGCCGAUAAACUGGGACUCACGGGAAACGGCAAGGAGAUCGCGUCGCUCGUCGCCUCCAGUCUCUACGAAUUGUUCGUCGAGAAGGACGCGCUGCUGCUCGAGAUCAAUCCAUUUGCGGAAGACAUCUGUGGCGAAUAUUACGCUCUGGAUUGCAAAUGUAAGUUCGACGACAGUGCCGAUUUCCGGCAGAAGGAGUUGUUCGCGCUGAAGGACACGACCCAGAUGGACCCGAAGGAGGUCGAGGCGGAGAAGUACAACUUGAAUUACAUAGCUCUCGACGGGAACAUCGGUUGUAUGGUGAACGGGGCCGGGCUAGCGAUGGCCACCAUGGACAUUAUCAAGCUGUACGGUGGGGCGCCGGCAAAUUUCUUGGACGUCGGCGGCACCGCUACAACCGAGACGGUCACGGAAGGCUUCAAGAUACUAUCCUCGGAUCCGAAUGUGGAAGCUAUUUUGGUGAAUAUUUUCGGUGGCAUAAUGAGAUGCGAUAUAAUCGCCCAAGGAAUCAUAGACGCUACUAAACAACUAGAUCUGAAGGUGCCCAUAAUCGCACGGUUACAGGGUACGAAUGUAGCGAAAGCUAAACAAUUGAUACUAGACGCCAAGUUGAAGGUAAUUUCCGUGGACGAUUUCGCUCGAGCGGCUGAGACGUCUGUCAAGUUAGCAUCGAUGAUGAAUAUCGCCAAGACUUCGGAUUUAGAUAUCACUUUUAGUUCUAAAUCGUCGAAGAGGAAGGAUUAUGAGAAAGUAAAAAACCUGGGAGGAGUAAAUCAGUUCCCGAUUAAGUUAAUCGGAGUUCAAUCAUCAGUCUUUCUUCCCGAUGACUCGACCGACGGGCGACGCACCGUCAGUCACAGUCACGCACUUGACAUUCGACUCCGCGAGGCUGCGGGAGUUUCGCGUGUGCGGCAUGCGGCUCCUCUCUGCUCUGCGUCAUACUUUUGCGCGUGGGAAACGUCAAGCGCGAUCGGGUGGGGGCCACGAGGGACCGAAGCUCGCGCCUGGCAGUCCACGGCCGUCGCUCGGGCAAAAAUGGCUACCAUGUUGUCGCGGGCGGUCUCACUCGCGGAGAAUCUCGGCCGACUGAGCGGCUCCAAGAUAUUCACGUGCAAGACCAGCUUGAUGAAGCAACCAGUCAGGAAUCUGAACGUACACGAACACAUUAGCUACAGUUUGCUGAAUGAGGCCGGUGUACCGACACCUAAAUUCGGCGUCGCCAAAACACCCGACGAGGCAGCUAAGCUCGCCGCCGAUCUGAAGACAAAGGAUAUCGUUCUGAAGGCCCAGGUCCUCGCCGGCGGCAGAGGAAAGGGACACUUCAAGGGGACGAGCGUCAGCGGGGUGAAGAUGUGUGAAACUCCAGAGGAGGCCAAGUCGUUGGCGAGCCAGAUGCUUGGCAAAUUGCUGAUCACGAAACAGACUGGCGAGGGCGGCAGGAUAUGCAACGCCGUGAUGGUCACGCAGCGCAUGUUUCCCCGUAAAGAGUACUACCUUGCCGUCAUGAUGGAAAGAGCCUUUGGUGGUCCCGUCAUAAUAGCUUCCAGCCAAGGUGGGGUAAACAUCGAGGAAGUCGCGGCUACGAAUCCCAGUGCCAUCAUGUACGAACCUAUCGACAUCAAUAAGGGAAUUACAAAGGAACAGGCGGAACGCAUAGUAGCGAAGCUCGGCCUGGAUAACGUGAAGGAUUACAUUUCCAAUAUGAUUAUAAAUCUUUACCAAAUGUUUCUCAAGAAGGACGCUCUUCUCUUGGAAGUGAAUCCUCUCGCCGAAGAUAUCAAUGGAAAUUAUUUCGCUCUGGAUUGCAAGUGCCGGUUUGACGACAACGCCGAGUUCAGGCAAAAGGAGCUCUUUAGUCUAAGAGAUUGGACUCAGGAGGAUUCUAAGGAAGUCGAAGCCGCGAAAUUCGACUUGAAUUACAUCGCGCUCGACGGUAACAUAGGUUGCAUGGUGAACGGAGCUGGUUUAGCCAUGGCCACCAUGGACAUCAUAAAGUUGCAUGGUGGUGAACCAGCUAAUUUCCUCGACGUUGGCGGUGGUGCGUCGGCUUCGGCGGUGAAAGAGGCAUUUAAAAUUAUCACUUCUGAUCCACGAGUUCACGCUCUUUUAGUUAAUAUCUUUGGCGGCAUCAUGAGGUGUGACGUUAUAGCGGAGGGUAUUAUCGCCGCGACUAAGGAAUUAGAUUUAAAAAUUCCCGUCGUCGUAAGAUUGCAGGGUACUAACGUGGACGAAGCUAAGGCUCUGAUCGCAAAUGCGGGUUUAAAAAUUGUACCAAUCGACGAUCUCGACGAGGCCGCCCGUGUCGCGGUAAAAUUGUCGACCAUCGUUAAAUUAGCUCAAUCCGAAAAUCUCAGCGUGAACUUCGAGAUACCUGCAAUUUCAUAGAUAGCGAAAAAGAAAAUUAUAAUCGGUAAUAUAUUAAGAAUAUUUCUGCCGAGAAUGUGUACUCAAUCGUUAAAGGAUUUCAGAAACGUCUGAAAGUAAUAAUUACAGUAAUAACUUCGUAAUGUAUGCAUAACGUAUUCUCGUCAAAGAGUAACAUUUCAAUAGAUGUUUGACUCUUUGUGUAACUUUACGGACAGAGAAAGAGAAAGAGAGUAAAAGGUAGAAUACAGUUUUGAACAAAUCUGUUUUACUAAGUAAUACGAUUGGUGGAUAUAUGGAUAAAAUAUGACGGAUGAGCUAUUAACGUAUUGUUAUAUAUAUUUGCGGUAAUUUUUGCUCUCGAACAUUUGUAAUACACAGAACUGCAAGAUUAUUCACGGAGACGUAAUUUAUCGCUUGUUCUACCGCAGGGCUCUGUGAGAUCCAGUAUUAAGAGAUUAAGUUAUAUAUUAUAAUAUACCUAUAUCCAAGCGACCGCUGCGCACGGACAUGUGUUCUGGAGAGUGUUCAAAGCCUCCGAUAGGGUGCUGUUAAAGACAUUAAAAUGUAGACAUUAUCAGUUGUUUCAGACGUCGAUAUAUCAGCUUAUAAUGCGGUAUUAAAUUCAUGAUUUAUUAUUGUACCGAUGCUUCGUAAGUAAACGUACAAAUUUAUGCGAUAUUACAUAAAAUUGUAGUUUUGUCGCUAGAAAACUACAACUUUUUUCCCAUAACUACGACGCGCAUGGAUAAUCGUGCAGCUUUAAGUGAAAAUCGAAUAUCACCACAUCGUACAUAUUCUAUGUCAGGAUAAUAAUAAUAAAAUUAACAGUGGAUUACUGAGUUAACCGUCCAGAUUUCGACAGUCAUGCGUCUGUAAAACCGUCGAUCUUUAACAGUACCUUGUCGAUGUCAAAGAUAACGAAGCUCAUAUCCGUUUUUUAAGAUGGAACCUUUCGCAACAUACAUUGAUGCGGAAAACCGUCGUAAGUAAAAGGCCUGUUCCAUGUAACAUAUGCAUGUAGCGAUUAUAUAUGUAUACAUAAAUUAUUUUGGAUAAUUUUAGUUUCUGUAAAUAUGAAAUAGCCCUGGUUUUCGACUGCGAGAGAAAAGGACGAGACAUGUGAUUUACGAAAUUCUGUAUUCGCUAAAUAGACAAAUUAAACGAUUUGGAAUCUCCUCGCACGUGUACCCUGUGAGAAACGAGAUCAGCAUGGCAUCGGCAUGGACUGCAGUUUAAUUUCGUACUCCCGUUCGGCAAUUAAUUAAUUGAGCAGGCAAAAUUGAAGCAAAAUUUCUAAAUAUAUAAUUCGUUGCCUCUAAUCUUUUUCUCAUGUGUUAAAAAAUUGAUAAUUCUAUCCACGCGUUAGUGAAAUAGAGGUAUUAAGGUAAAUGCACCUAUUUGCGUCCAUGUAAGGGUUAUAGCAGAAUAGAAGACCAAUAUACGAGUAUAAUCUAUUCCAAUUUGAUUAAAAAUCAUUACUGAUUGAAAAAUAUACAUUUCUUUAUGGAAAAAAGCUUUUGUUUUGUCAAAUUGCUACAUAUUGCACCAGAAAAUUCUAAAAUUACGCGAAGGUAUCAUUUUACGUCGUUGCGUCCGCCUGAUUCGUUUUCGAACGUUUGCGUCCAUUGCGUUGCCCCAUUUGCGUCAGGACGCAAACUAGUCUACGAUUUGACUGCACUAUUUUGCGUCCGUCAUGGAUAAAACGAAUAUGUAUUGGAUGUUUUACUAUCUACACUCCUGAUAAAAAUAAUUUAUAAAAAUUAUAUUUAUUAUAAAAAUGAGUCCAUACUAGUUAAGACGAUUUCCAAAUUUGAUGGUUCGUAAUUUUACUGUGAAAAUUAUAUAAAUCUGACUGGUAAUACAUCAAAAACAUUAUAAGACGUAACUUUUGUUUCAAAAUAUUUAUUCGAGCUACUUAAUUGGUAGUGAUCGAAUUAACAUUGUUUAUUGAAAAAAUAAUCAUCAAAUAACAGCUGCUACUUAUGAUCGAUUAUUAAUCAUUUAUCAUUUAUGAAAAUUGUCGUUAAUAUUAUUUUGUAAUACUUAUAUUAUUAAUUUAUUUAAAACAUAAUAGAACAAUCAUAGAAAAUUGAAAAAAUAAUUAUUUACGACCAAUUUGCUUGCAUUAACGCUUCCUUUUUUUCACAUCUUUAGUUUUAGAUGUUUUCUUUUCAGCUUUUUCAAGCUCUUUCUGGGCUUUCUUUUCAGCUCUUUCGAUUUCUUUGCGUUUCUUCGUUUCUUCAGCUAUCCUCUUCUUUUCCGCAGCUGCUUCUUGACGCAUUCUUUUUCUAUUUUCCACUUCUGCUCAAUGUUUCCUUUCUUCUUCAAAAUGAUCAUGAUAAGCUUUCCAUUCGGCUGACGUGGCAACACUCGGUGUUUUGAGCCUCGCCUUCCUUUUCUUUUCUGGGCCAGUUUUUGGUUUAGGCCAAAACAAGAAUUGUUUGAAAGGGGACGACACGUUUGGAGGAAUGUAGUUCGUAUUCUCUGUAAAAAAAAUCGCAACUUUUUCAUUAUCUUAAGAUUCAUUGUGUUGCUGUGAGAAAUCCUAAUUUACCUUUAUUGUCACUCUCUUUUGAUACAUGUGGUGCAGUGGUUACAUCUUCAGUGUCAAUAUUUGUUGGCCUAAAAUGCAAAAACGAAAAACAACUAUAAAGCAACAAAGUAAUGUUAUGUGCAUUGCGCGUGUAAAUUAUAGGUGUAUGAGGGUAUCAAAAAAGUGUAAUUCAUAAAUAAAAUGUACUUUAAAAUUGA